ACUGCAGCUCCUGGGCUUGAGAGCAAAGCCAGGAGAGGAGGGAGGAUUACAGAGCAGAGCUGAAGCAACAGUCCACGGGGGGAUUCUUCUCCUGCAGGGGAGGGAGGCCAGGCCAGGGCGAUGGCUGAGCUGCAGCCAGGGAAAGUGAUGAGGAGGGGGCAAGUCCUUGCCUUCCUCUUGAUCAGCCUGGCCUACCUCUGGCUGCCUGCAGGCUCCAAGCGAGCCCCCAAGCUGCCCCCAUGUCCCCAGAGCUGCUCCUGCACCAGGGACACUGCCUUCUGCAUCGACUCCAAAGCGGUCCCCAGGAACCUGCCCCCGGAGGUCAUUUCCCUGACCAUGGUGAACGCGGCCUUUACUGAAAUCAAAGCAGCAGCCUUCGCUCACAUCCCCAUCCUGCAGUUCCUCUUACUGAACUCCAACAAGUUUACGCUGAUCGGGGACGAUGCCUUCACCGGCCUCUCCCACCUGCAGUACCUGUUCAUUGAGAACAAUGACAUCCGCUCGCUGUCGAAAUUCACCUUCCGAGGACUGAAGUCCUUGACACACCUCUCUUUGGCCAACAACAACCUGCAGACGCUGCCCAGAGAUAUCUUCACACCCCUGGACAUCCUCAGUGACCUGGACCUCCGGGGCAACGCUUUGAUCUGCGACUGCAAAAUCAAGUGGCUGGUGGAAUGGAUGGAGAGGACCAAUGCAACGGUGCCUGCCAUCUUCUGCAGCAGCCCCAUCCGCUACCAGGGGCAGAAGAUCCGGGACCUGGCCCUCAAGGACUUCAGCUGCAUCACGACAGACUUUGUGGUGCACCAGGUCCUGCCAUUCCAGUCAGUGUCAGCUGAGCCCUUUGUCUACAGCAGCGACCUCUAUGUAGCACUGGCACAGCCCAGUGCCAGCAGCUGCACCAUCCUCAAGUGGGACUAUGUGGAGCGCAAGCUAUGGGACUUUGACCGCAUCCCUGCUCAUUCGGCCGUGUACUGCAAGCCCAUCGUGGCCCAGUCACAGCUCUAUGUGGUGGUGGCACAGCUCUUCGGUGGCUCCUACAUCUACCGCUGGGACACCAACGUGGACAAGUUCAUCAAGGUCCAGGACAUGGACAGCAGGAAGAUCCGCAAGCCCAAUGACAUCGAGGCCUUCCGGAUUGACGGCGACUGGUACUUCGUCAUCGCCGACAGCUCCAAGGCCGGCUCCACCAGCCUCUACCGCUGGAACCAGAAUGGCUUCUACUCCCACCAGGCCCUGCACCCCUGGCACCGCGACACCGACGUGGAAUAUGUGGAGAACGAAGGCAAGCCCCGGCUCAUCAUCUCCAGCAGCUCCCAGGCCCCCGUCAUCUACCAGUGGAGCCGUGCCCAGAAGCAGUUUGUGCAGCAGGGGGAGGUGGCUGAGGUGAUGGACGUGCAGAUGGUCAAGCACUUCAAGUUCAAGAAAGACAAUUACCUGUGCCUCAGCCGCUACAUCGGGGAUUCCAAGGUGGUCAAGUGGGAAGGGCAGCGCUUCACUGAGCUGCAGACCCUGCCCUCGCGGGGCUCCAUGGUCAUGCAGCCCUUCCUGGUGUCCCAGCGCCAGUACAUGGCACUGGGCAGCGACUUCUCCUUCACCCACAUUUACCUCUGGGAUGAAGAGAAGCAGAAGUUUGUCAAGUUCCAGGAACUCUCCGUCCAAGCCCCCCGGGCCUUCCACUACGUCCCCUUGGAGGACAUGGACAUCCUGCUGGCCCCCAGCUUCAAGAGCAGCACGCUGGUCUACAGGCACAUUGUGGUGGACCUCAGCUUGUAAGGGGUGUCCCUGCCGCCUGCCCAGCUCCCUGCCUCACGCCUAGACACUGUGCAGAGAAAAUGUUCUUCCACUUGCAACACCCCUGGAGCCGGGGACUCCAGCGCACUGCCUCUCCUCAGGCUAAAGCUUCCUGUCUGUGCCCAUGCGCUGCCCCACGGCCAUAUCCAUGGACAGGUGCAGAACACACACAUACUCACACAGGCCCAUCAGUCCAUGCAUACCCAGCACACAUUCCAUCCAUGCACUCGUAUGCAGGAGUGUGUACUCACCACAGUCAUCCCUCCAUAGAUAAACUCAUACGCAUAUGCACAUGCCCUCCAGCAUCUCAUACACAUUACAUUCCUGCCCAUAUGCCUCCAGCACACAUACACUCCAACACUCCCAUGUACACCCCUUUGCAGUCUCCUAGCCAUACCAUAUGCAUCUACACUCACUCUUUACAUGUCCAUGCAGUCCCUGUGCACCCCAUUAACAAACACACAUUCCUGCACCCCUUAACCUCACGUCCAUCUCCUCGCAUAGAGCCUUAUAUUCAUGCCCAUAUACUGCCGUUCAUGGACAGCCACAUCCAUGUACAAUCUCAGAUCCAUGCCUGUACACAUCCACUCUCACUACUGCACCUUCCACACACACACAGCUACUCCUGUGUGCACAUUCUUAUCGGUGAACCCAGAUACGGUGCAUUGGCGGUGCACCAUGCCAUGCUGCAUCUCCCACCCACCGACACACAUGCAUACAUCCCUGUAUCCGUCACCCUGAACCCUCCCUGCAGCCCCCUCUGCACACAUGCUCCUGUCCCCAUACACAGCGCCGGGUAGCAGGCCUGGAAGAAGCCCUUGUCGUGACUUCUCCCGAACUCUUCCGGCAGCUUCUGCCGCACUUCCUGUAGCCAUCAUCCAUGUUCAGAUUGUAGAGACAUUGCUCUGUGCGGCUGCACCACUCCUGAGACCACCUGACCCUCUUUGGCUCCCGCAGUCGCCCUGCAAGAGGGCUCUCUGGAAGUGUGCCCAGUGGCAACCUCAGCCCAGAUCAUCCCAGCGUCCUCAGUGAGCUGCCUUCCACAGCCUUUUGGGAGCUAAUGGAAGUAGGACUGGAAGGCACCCUUUGUACCUCCCCCACUUUACUGCAGUGAAUUGCUUUGCUUCCCUCCAGGCAUCUUCUCUCUGUCAAGCUGCAGGGGGCAACAUUGUCUGGUGGUUAGUGUAAGGGACUGGAGCUCAGAAGUCCAGGCUUGGCUUUUCUACUGACCUGCUGUGUGACCUUGGGUAAAUUGCUGUGCCUCGGUUUCCCCUUCUGUAAAAGGGAGAUACUGUUGCUCGCCCUCCUUUUUGACCUGCAGACAGGAAGAGCUAUCAGCAUGCUAGCUAUCAAGUCUAGUGCAUGAGCCCAUGUGCCUUGGGCGCAUAUAUCCCCAUGCACAAAUCCAGGGCCAGCGGAGAGGGUCAGAGAGCAUUCGCUAGUGCACAAAUCUAGUGCACGUGUCCAGGACACCAUCCCCGUGCAUAUGCACCGGUGCACAAUCCCAGAGCAGAAAUCUAGUGCAUCUGCUCCAGUGCACAAUCCCGCUGCAUAAGCACCAGUGAGUCUUUCAGGCCAGACCGGAUGGCAGCUAAAGGGAAAUGUGCCUGUGCUGCUUUGUCUAGUGUGUGGAUUUCUGUCCUGCCUUUCGCUUGCCAUGUGCUUACAUGGCUCAAGUUAAAUGGAAUUGCUGACAGCCACAGCGACAGGGAGUGAAAGGAGAGACUCCUCCAUACAAGAGGGACUGGAGAGAAGGAAGCCAGGGGUUUCCUGAACUACCAAGGUUCAGCCCACUCAGCUCCUGGCGUGAUCCCAGUGCUGGCUCUGCCUGGCCUUUGAUGUUUAUGGAUGACAUCAACCAAUGGCUACAGGGCCCAAAUCGUCUCUCAGUCUCACUAGUAUGUUCCCCACUGACAGGGUGGAGUUGCGUCGGUGUCAGUGAUAGGAGCAAUUGUCCCCUGAGCUCCGGUAUUCUACUCAGGGAGGCAGAACUCCAACCUCCAGGCUGAUUCCCAUUCACCCCGAGCCCCUUUACACCACAUGCCUUAAAGAGCAUGUAACUAAUCAACCCCCACGUGGAGGCCAGGUUGGUGCAAAGGGGCUGUAGUGUCCGCAAGAAUCAGACCCAUAGCGUCUCGAUGUUCCCUUUGUCUCUAGUGCAGGUGUGGACAAACUUUUUGGCCUGAGGGCCACAUCGGGGUUGCGAAACUGUAUGGAGGGCCCGGCCCGGUAGGGAAGGCUGUGCCUCUCCAAACAGCUUGGCCCCCACCCCCAUCCACCCACUCCCACUUCCUGCCCCCUAACUGCCCCCCUCAGAACCUCUGACCCAUCCAACCCCCCCCUGCUCCUUGUCCCCUGACUGCCCCCUCCCAGGACCCCCCACCCCUAACCAUCCCCCCGGGAUCACACCUCCUAUUCAACCCUCCCUGCUCCCUGUCCCCUGACUACCCUGACCCCAACCACACCCCCGCUCCCUGACAGGCCCCCUGGGACUCCCACACCUAUCCAACCACCCCCUGCUCCCUGUCCCCUGACCGCCACCCUGCCCGUUAUCCAACCCCCCCGCUCCCCGCACCUUUACCAUGCCGCUCAGAGUGACAGGACUGGCAGUCAUGCCACCCGGCCAGAGCCAGCCACGCCACCGUGCUGUGCAGAGCACUGGUGGCGCAGCAAGCUGAGGCUGCGGGGGGACAGCAGGGGAGGGACCGGGGGCUGGGCUCCCCAACUGGGAGCUCAGGGGCCAGGCAGGACAGUCCCGCGGGCCAGAUAUGGCCCGCGGGCCGUAGUUUGCCCACCUCUGCUCUAGUGCAUCACCAGGGAUUGGAGCAAAAGUCCCAGCUUGCUCUGUGAUUCUGUAUGUCCCAGGCAUUGGUGGGAGGUGCAGAGCAGCCCAGCGGAUGAUCGUUUCCCAGCUGUGGGAAAAACCUGCACAUCUACAAGACGUGCAGCGAGGAUCUCUCCCUUCAUACUGUGCUUAUUUCCUUUGAUCAUCAGAGAGGGAGUGGGGACUGGUUCCCUGUGCCCGGUUUGCUGAUAUCCUGCUUGUGUGUUGGGGAAAUGAGACCCUGCCCCUCCUCACUUCCUUGCAGGGUGCCUAGAGAUGGGGAACGUCAGAAAGUUCUGCUCCAAACCCCCUCUCCUCUGGGGUCUCCAGGCCUCUUGUAGCUGCAGAUCUCAAAGGCAGGGGGCUUUGUGGUGGGUCAGAAACACCAGGGCAAAGGAACUUUGGUAGUUGGUUUUGGUGCUUCAUCUCCUGGCAGGUUAACCAGGCGAAGGCACCUGUUUCCCAUUAUGUCUCUCUCUUUAUUCGUCCAUAUUGCCGAUCCACAGACUAGCCCAAUCUCUAUCCAUUUGUCUCUAUUGCUCAUGUCCUUAAAAGUCUUUAGGUGCCUAAUUCCCAUUGAAAUCAAUAGGAGGUAGACACCUAAAUACCCUUGAGGAUCUGGGCCUCUGUCCCUGCUUAUCCCUCCUUUCCCCAGCAGUUUGAUCGUGCGAAGCAUGGAAGAGCUGGGAAUGGGCUAUGUGUCGCCUCCUCCUGCCUGUGGGUGUGGUUUCACACAGGAGAUAAAAGCCUACUAUUGCUGCUCACUGAAGGAAUUAUCCCUUUAGAGCAUGUGCUUUUAGCACUGAUGGCUCCAGGUUCAAACCCUGCUGGUUGUUACUGGUGGAGGACAGGUUGUUACCUUUGCAGUAGGGGCACCUGGAAAGAAGGGGAAGGCUGAUCAGCAGGUGAGGGCUUCAGGAGGGUUCCCCUAUCCCUAACAGAGAAUGAGCCUGACCUCUUCAGGCAUAAGGAUAUCUCACCUGUCCUCACCAUCUUACUCCUGAGCAGCAGUGCCCCAGUCUCAAACCCGCCUUCCCCUGCAGCUCCCACAGGCCCUGACCCUCCUCCCAUUGGAGCAAGUGGCACAGCUCCCGCAGACUCCAGUGGGAACAUGUUCAGGCUCGGGGGAGCCUGCUGUCAAUGUGCAGUGACCCCAUCAGCAGCCUCCCGUUCCCCUCGCUUCCCAGCUGGAGAGAGAAGCAGCCCUGAGGUUCUUUCGCCAUCUGCUGGGGAGUGGUGACAGGGACGGCCUGGCCCUGCUGUGCGGGAGCCGAGGGGGAGUCCACAUGCUGUUCUCUCAUCAGCUGCCUCCUCUUGCCUGUAGUUCCCCUCUGGGCCACACUGCCCCCCUCCCCAACCCCCCAGAGCAGGACGCUCUCUGCAUACGACUUAUAACCAAGGUGUACGAGCUCUACAGAAAUGCUUCCAAAAAUAAAUGCACUGUGACACUCA